AUGACAGAUAAUGCUCGCCACCUGGAUAAGAAGUGGGGAGCUGACUAUGGGAAAAUGGGAGCAACGCAGUUUUAUGAGAGCAUAUUCGACUGUCACAGAGAAAGCAUUGAAAAUGAAAUAAGAAAGUUCGUUAAAGAGUUCGAG